ACGCGACGAUGACAUCACUUCCUGUUUUGAGAACUUCCUUGUUCCUGGUUCAGCGGCAGGACGUGGCAGACUCUUUAAAUGUAAUCCGCUGUCAUCCACUGUCAAACAUCAGCGCUAAAACUACUGUCUCUUGUCGCUGUUGGUGUUAUUCCAUGAAUGAAGGCCUAGAAUGGACACAAAGAACCACAACCUGCUUCAUCUAAAGGAGGAGAAAAAUGAACCCUCGACCAGGCAGGAGGGAGAGCCGCUUAACGGACUGUAGGAUGUUUCACCAGGUUCCCAAAUACUUCAAUCUCUGUAGUGAAUGAAGAAAAAGAAGGAACCUCAGAGGAAGAGGAUCCAACCAGCUGCUAAACGGAUGAACAACAUAUGAUGUAAAAGAUUUCAGAAGACACCAACCAGUGAUAAACCCAGAUCCAAACAGACACCCAGUACUAGCGAAAAGACAUCAUAAUCCCGUGACAAUGAAGAGUAAAGCUAGUUAUGAUGGUAAUGCUUUUGACCAGUGGCAGAAACCUUUAUCAGAUUCUGAAUCUGAAACUGAAAGCCUUAACGAAAACCGUGAGGAAAAAAAGGCAACUAAAUCUGAUUUAAACAGUUAUGUGGGAUGCUCAGUGUGUGGUAAGUUUAUGCACAGGAACUCUGUUCAGAGACACAUGAGAAUCCACACAGAAGACAAACCAUUUAGCUGCGAUGUUUGCAGAAAAGAGUUUCGCUCCAAGUUAAGUUUUAAAACACACAUGAGAUCCCACACUGGAGAGAAAUCACUUGGUUGUGAUGUUUGUAGAAAAACAUUUUCCUAUAAGAGUCAUCUGAAACGCCACAUGAAAAUUCAUUCAGGGGAUAAACCGUUUCACUGUGACAUCUGUAGAAAAACCUUCUGUGAAAACGGGAAUCUUAGACAGCACAUGAGAAUGCACACUGGAGAGAAACUGUUCAAGUGUGAUAUUUGUGGAAAAAGAUUUAACUGCAAGACAGAGUUUGAAACGCAUAUGAGGAGCUACGCUGGAGAAAAACCAUUUGAUUGUGAUCGUUGUGAAAAAAGAUUUUACACAAAGCACAGCCUUCGCAGCCACAAGAGAAAUCACACCGAAGAGAAACUUUUCAUCUGUGAUAUCUGCAGCAAGAGAUUUAGACUGGAGUCGAUUUUAAACAUUCACAUGAGAGUCCACACCGGAGAGAAGCCGUUCAGCUGUGAUGUUUGUGGGAAAAGGUUUCACAAUAAGAUUUAUCAUAUCAACCACAUGAGAAUCCACACAGAAGAGAGACCGUUCAUGUGUGAUGUUUGUGGAAAAAGACUUCACAGUAAGAUUAUUCUGUCCAACCACAUGAGAAUUCACACUGGAGAAAAACCAUUUAGCUGUGACUUCUGUGGAAGAAACUUCAGGUGCAAGUCAAACCUCAAAAGACAUGCGAAACUCCACCAGAAAGAGAAACCGUUUGACUGCGAUCAUUGUCAAAAAACCUUUGAAAGCUAUAAAGAUCUUGAAACACACAUGCGAAGCCACGACGAAGGAAACUGAAUUGGUGUGACGUCUGUGUACUAAAAUUUGUCCAAAAGAAAAUUAUCUGAAAGUGCAUGAAAGUUUGCAAAGGAGCAACUUGUUGUUGUGUACUAUGUGCUGAUGACAAUAACUUUUGACAAUAGAUUGUUUUAAGUUUUUUCUUAUAAAAACAAAAAUAUGCUUUAAAAGCCGUAUUUCUACCAAUGUGUCCAGGACAGGACGGUUUGGUGCAGAUUGGUUCUGUAAAUCUUAACGUCUUUUGCAUUUUCAGAGCCAACUGUACUCUUACUCGGUAGCCAGCCUGUCGGACGGAUACCAAUAGACAGUGAUGGUUUAAUGAAGCCCCGUGAAUGUGUUGAGUCUUUCUGGCCAAUUGCAUCGCCAAAAGUGUCAUUACUCGAGGCCCCAUUUAACAGCUCAUUUGGUAGCACUGACAUCUGCUGGUCAUUUGAUGUCCAGCAGUCCUGUAAACUACAUAUUGGUGGAAAUGUAAACACAAUGAUUCAAGUGUAUUGUAAAUCUAUAAAUAUAUUAAAAUAU